CUUUUCGAAGUCAAGUGCGAGGACUAUUGGCUAGCCAGCUAGCUAGCUAGUAGUAGAAUAUGGCUUUUCACCACGAGAACACGAGUGCACUUCGCUAUAAAAUAGUUUGCUAUCAGCGCUGAAACCAUGAUGGAGGCCCUCCGCAACAACAAGGAGACAUUGGCUGUAGUGGCGGUAGGAGCUGUGGUGGUUAGCUCUGCAGCCCUGCUUGGGCUGGUCCUUUCUAAGCGUAACCAACGGGCAACUCGAAGAGCAACUCUUCAGUGCCACUGUGGCAAAGUCAAGGCAGAAAUCCAUCAACCAGCUGCCAACUACAAGUACGCUGAAACUCAGAAUAUCCAAUGUGGCUGCAACGAUUGCAUGGGUUAUUGCAAGGCUGUUCUGAAGGAGGGAUCAACAGAGGAUGCUUUUCAAGAGUCAUUCUUCAACCCAGGAGUUCCCACCAUUUUGUUCUAUUCGAGUGAGAUCAAAUUAGUCUCAGGCAAAGAGCUGUUGGCACAUAUGAAGAUUUCUCCCAAGACGGAAAAUCGCCGUGUCUUUACCACCUGUUGUGGAACACCUCUCAGUAUCAGCCCGGAUGGUUCUCCUUUGAAUUUGGUGUACUGUCCCACCAUAUCCCCCUUGACUGAUUGCGGGGAGAAGGAAGUCCCAUUUCCCAGAGAAGUACUGGAUAAACCCACUCUGUGCUUUCAUGGCAGAAAAUUCCUAGAAGACCCAGCUUCGCAAGUCAAGGCCAAGCAGCCACAAAUGACAGUGAUUGCAGAACACAAUGCUCCCAAGUUCGUUCUUGGAAUGAUUGGUCGGUUACUGCUACUGGUGGGACUAGGAGCCAAAGGACCCGGGGAAGGAUUUCCCGUGGAAGAAGGCAAAACUGUGGGAAUUGGUUACGAGGCCAUCACCAAGUCCAUGAGAAAGUAAAUAAUUGUGCAUUCGAAUGUAGAGAUGUGUACACAUCAAAACCAUUGCUGUUUAAUUAUUAGUCCCUGGAAUUCUCGUAGGUC